GGAAGUGAGAAGGAGGGAGGUGUCCAGUCCUCCAGGGCAGAGGGGCCUCUUCUUCCUUCAGACUCCUUCAUCCUCCUCCUCCUCCUCCUUGGGCUGCCUUCCUCUCCUUCUGGGUUUUGGAGCAGAGCCUGUUCAUGACUGUGGGAUAGAACAGAACAGAAGUUUUCCUUGAGUCCCGUUGGCUGCUUCAUUGGACAGUGUUUCCAAAAUGUUCAAGCUGGAGACCGCUUGGCUGGAAGCAGAAGGAGAAUGUGACAGCAUUUGUGCUGAGAGCAGUGGGGAAUUCUGGGAAACAACUACGCAGGCGUUCCUGAAUGCGCACAUAGAGCGCCAGCGCUUCAGGCAUUCCUCCUUCCGAGAGGGCGAGGGACCCAGAGAGGUUUGCAGCCGCCUCCACUCUCUCUGCCGCCAGUGGCUGAAGCCAGAGCAACACACCAAGGCGGAGAUGCUGGACCUGGUGAUCCUGGAGCAGUUCCUGAGCAUCCUGCCCCCAGAGAUGGGGAGCUGGGUCCGAGAGUGUGGGGCAGAGACCUCUUCCCAGGCGGUGGCCCUGGCGGAAGGCUUCCUCCUGAGUCGGGCAGAGGACGAGAAGCAGGAAGGACAGUCAAAAGAUCUCUGUGUGGAAGUUCAGUCUGUUCUCCGUGCAUCAGAGGACUCAGUGUCAAUCUGCACUCAGAUUCCCGAGUGGAAGGAGAUAAAGCAAGAGGGAGAUGAAAGUGCUGCCUUCCUGGGGCCUGGAAUGGUGCCACAGACAAGUCUUCAUUCCUCUCUUCCUCUUUGCAAUGAAGCAGAAACAAUUGAGGGUCCAGUGACCCUUCAGGACGUGGCCAUCCAUUUCUCCAUGGAGGAGUGGGCUCUUCUGGACCCUGAUCAGAGAGCCCUGCACUCACAGAUCAUGGAGGAGACGCGUGGGAUCAUGGCCUCUCUUGAUAACUGGAGGAAGAGAGAUGUGUUUUCCAAAUGUGCUUUCAAAUGCAACAUAUGUGGGAAAGGUUUCGCCCAAAAUAUAGCAGCUAUUUUCCAUAAGAGACUGUGUGGUGGGAAAAAACACAUUCAGUGUAGAGAAAACAGUUUUGAUUAUAAUUUGCACCAUCUCAGCAAUCACACAUUCCAAAAAGGAAAGAAAACACACAAAUGCCAGAAAUGUGGGAAAUUCUUUUCUAGCAGGUCAGUAUUACUGGUUCAUCAGAGAUUCCAUACUGGAGAGAAGCCAUACAAAUGCCUGGAGUGUGGGAAAUGUUUUGCUUCCAGUUCAGACUUACUGAGGCACAAAAGACUCCACACAGGAGAGAAGCCAUACCAAUGCCUGGAGUGUGGGAAAUCUUUUGCUUCCAGUUCCAACUUUGUGAGGCAUCAGAGAGUCCACACAGGAGAGAAACCCUUUCAAUGCCCGGAAUGUGAGAAAUGUUUUUUUCACCAUCAACAACUAGUAAUGCACCAGUUGUUCCACACUGGAGAGAGGCCGUACGAAUGCCAGGAGUGUGGGAAAUGUUUUCCCCGGAAUGCAAACCUUGUGAGACACCGCAGAAUUCACAGAAGAGGGAAACCUUACAGAUGCCAAGAGUGUGGGAAAUGUUUUUCCCGGAAUACUAACCUUGCGAGACACCGAAGAAUCCACACAGGAGAGAAACUUUAUAAAUGCCAGGAAUGUGAAGAAUGUUUUGUUCACCGUCAGCAACUAGUAAGACACCAGUUACUCCAUUCAGAAGUCAAAGCAUACAUCUGCAACGAAUGUGGAAAAUCUUUUGCUCAGAAUGAAUACCUUGUGAUUCACCAGAGAGUCCACAUGGGAGAGAAACCCUUUCAAUGCCCAGAAUGUGGGAAAGGUUUCUUUCAUCAUCAACAACUAGUAAGGCACCAGGUAUUCCACACGGGAGAGAGACCCUACAAAUGCCAGGAGUGUGGGAAAUGUUUUGCUCGGAGUGAUCAGCGAACGAGGCACCAGAGAAUCCACACUGCACAGAAACCAUACAAAUGCCAAAACUGUGUGAAGUGUUUUUCUCAGAUGAGAAGUCUUUUGAGACACCAAAGACUCCAUAUGGAAGGAAAAACAUACACAUGUCAGGAAUGCGGAACCUGUUUUGCAAACCGCUCAUCCCUUGUGGACCACAAGAGACUUCACGCAGGAGAGAAACCAUACAAAUGCCCGGAGUGUGGGAAAUGUUUUGCCCGGAAUGCAAACCUUGUGAGACACCAAACAAUCCACACAGGAGAUAAACUGUAUAAAUGCCUGGAAUGUGGGGAAUGUUUUCUCCACCGUCAACAACUAGUAAGACACCAGUUGCUUCAUUCAGAAGUCAAAACAUACAUCUGCAGUGCAUGUGGAAAAUGUUUUGCCACCAAAUCAAGCCUUGAAGUCCACCAAAGAGCCCACAGAGGAGAGAAACCAUACAAGUGCCAGGAGUGUGGGAAAUGUUUUGGUAUUAUGUCAGUGCUUGUGAAGCACCAGAGAAUCCACACUGGGGAGAAACCAUAUAAAUGCCAGGAGUGUGGGAAGUGUUUUUCUCAGAUGACAAAUCUUUUGAGGCAUCAGAGACUCCACACGGAGGAAAAAACAUACACAUGUCGGGAAUGCGGAAGCUGUUUUCCAAACCGUUCAUCCCUUAUGGACCACAAGAGACUUCACGCAGGAGAGAAGCUCUACAAAUGCCAAGAGUGUGGCAAAUGUUUCGCCCAGAAUGCAAACCUUGUGAGACACCAAAGAAUCCACACAGGGGAGAAACUGUAUAAGUGCCAAGAAUGUGAAGAGUGUUUUGUUCACCAACAACAACUAAUAAGACACCAGUUGUCCCAUACAGGAGAUAAAGCAUACCAAUGCGAGGAGUGUGGGAAAUGUUUUGCUCUGAAUGCAUACCUUGUGGCCCAUCAGAGAGUCCACACAGGAGAGAAACCCUACAAAUGCCAAGACUGUGGGAGAUGUUUUGCUCAGACAUCAUGCCUUCUGAGGCACCAGAGACACCACACAGGAGAGAAACCAUACAGCUGCGAUGAAUGUGGGAAAUGUUUUGCUCACAGUUCAUCCCUUGUGAGCCACAAGAGACUUCACGCAGGAGAGAAACCUUACACAUGUCAGGAGUGUGGGAAAAGUUUUACUCGGAAUGUAGACCUUGUGGGCCACAAGAGAAUCCACACAGGAGAGAAAGUGUAUAAAUGCCAGGAAUGCGAGGAAUCUUUUGUUCACCAUCAACAACUAGUAAGGCACCAGUUAUCCCAUACAGGAGAAAAAGCAUACCAAUGCCAGGAGUGUGGGAAAUGUUUCGCUCGGAAUGCAUACCUUGUGACCCACCAGAGGGUCCACACAGGAGAGAAACCAUACAACUGCAAUGAUUGUGGGAAAUGUUUUGCUCACAGUUCAUCCCUUGUGAGCCACAAGACACUUCACACAAGAGAGGAACCAUACAAAUGCGAGUAGAAUGGAAAAUGUUUUCCUGAGAAUGCACACCUUGUGACUCAUCAGAGACUCAAUAUAAGAUAAUAUAAGAAGAUACAAGAAGUCACAACUAUCAGAUUUAAAACUGAUAAUAUUACUUCUCUUUUUGCUCUAGAAGCUUUUUGUUGUUGUUCAUUAGUUCAGUUGAUUCCGACUCUUUGUGACCUCCUGGACCAGCCCACGCCAGAGCUUCCUGUUGGCCGUCACCACCCCCAGCUCCUUCAAGGUCAAGCCAGUCACUUCAAGGAUACCAUCCAUCCAUCUUGCCCUUGGUCGGCCCCUCUUCCUUUUUCCUUCCUUUUUCCCCAGUAGAGGUUUUAAUGACCUUUUAAUAUGUUAAGUAAUGAAAAUAAAUGUAAUGGAUGCAAUACUCAUAACUAUAAUUGAUAACAUUAUAAUGUAAUACAAUAAACUAAUAAUACAAUAGAACAAUUAUAUAUUUUAUAUUACAUGUAAUAUUGCUAAGAAUUUUCCAGUGUAGUGGUAUAGUACAAUAUAGUAAUAUAUAAUACUAAUAUUUAUUUAUCUAUUUAUUUACAGUAUUUAUAUUCCACCCUUUUCACCCCGCAGGGGACUCAGGGUGGAUUGCAAUGCACAUAUACAUGGCAAACAUUCAAUGCCAGUUAAACAUACAACAUAUGUAGACAGACACAGAGGCAAUUUAACAUUCCAGCUUUCUGGCUUCAUGAGGGUAUGCUUGAUUUCGGCUCAAUUCCGGCCACAGGGGGAGCAGCUGCUUCACCGUCCAUUUGUAACACGAGUCCUUUGAUGGAGUACUUCCUCGUUCUUCUGCAUACUGCUGGAAGGGGGUUCUUUGGUGUCAUAAAUUCGUUAAAUUAGCCUCCCUGCAUAAGCGGUACCUAAAUUUCCUACUUGAUAGAUUCAACUGUCUUUUGGGUUGCAAAGGUCAACAGCAAGCUAGACUAAUGGCUGGAAGCUCACUCUGACCCCCGCUGACUUCGAACUCAUGACUUCUUGGUCAGUAGUGAUUUAAUGCAGCCGGCUACUAAUUAGCUGCGCCACAGCCCGGUAUAUAGAUUAUAUAGGCCAUUAUUGUUGUUGCUGUUGUUGUUAUUAUUAUCAUCAUCAUAGAAUCAAAGAGUUGGAAGAGACUUCAUGGGCCAUCCAGUCCAACCCCCUGCCAAGAAGCAGGAAUAUUACAUUCAAAUCACCCUUGACAGAUGGCCAUCCAGCCUCUGUUUAGAAGCUUCCAAAGAAGGAGCCUCCACCACACUCCGGGGCAGAGAUUUCCACUGCUGAAGGGCUUUUUAUUAUAAUUUUUUACACCAUUAUUAUUUCACAGACAAUGGAACCACAAAAAUUGUGUAUACCCACAAGCAUUAUGAAAUUACAUAUAUUAGAAACUA